AUGGCUGAUCAUUGGCAAGACAAUAGUAUAAUCACUGCUGAAGUAAAAGACGACGAUGACGCUCCUGCAGAUUGGGAAACUGCAUUAGAUGAAAAACCAGAAAUCGAAGAAAAACCAAAACAAGUAGUGAAACCAGCAUCAACAAGUAAAUCUAAGACAAAUAAAAAAAAGACUACCGACAAUGAAGACGCUCAAAAACUUGUACAAGAGCCAGAUAGAGAUUAUACACCUGAUGAACUUGAUCAAAUACAAAAACGAAGAGAAAUACAACAAGAACAAGAUAAAUUAGAUAUGAUAUCCGAAUUAGUUGAAAAUGAUAGUGAACAUCAUUCAUUAGAAAAUAUUAAUUUAGUAACAAAAGAAGAAUUUCUUAAUUACAGUUUUCGUCUGUAUAAUCGUCUUGAAAAUUUAUCGAAGUCUGAAUUCUAUUCUGAAUUUAUUGAUGAUUUUCUAACUGGGAUCACCAAAUCGAUGUCAAUUGACGGUGUUAAACAUUUGCAAGCAACAUUACAAGCAGUAUUUUUACGUAAACAAAGCGAAGAGCGUGAGAAAAAAGCAAAAGCAAAAACUAAAAAACAAGUUAAACCACAACUCAAGACUGGCCGACAAGCCGACUUUGGCGCUUUUGGUGACGAGGAACAUGAUUAUGAGCAAGAAGCUGAUUAUGAUGACGAUUUUAUGUAA